AUGACGAUCGCGGAGAGCGUGCGGGCGUGCGCGAUGCCGCACGCGAAGGUGCUCGCGCACCGCGCGCUGCGAGACGGCGAGCGACGGAUGGAUGCGGCGACGAUGCGAGACGUGGAGAAGACGUGCGAGGGGGUGAUCGCGUGGGCGUGCGAAGACGGACGCGCGGCGACGAUUGCGAGCGUGCUCGAGGAGAUCGAGUCGAGGUUGUGGGACUUGGAGGGGACGCUCGCGGCGGGUUGGCGCGGGACGGCGUUCGAGGAGGUGAGACGCUCGGACGCGAGCGAGCGCGAACGAGCGGAGGACGUGUUUCACAGCGUGAGAGAGACGCAGUAUAGAAGCGCGCACGCAGGGGCGUUGAUCGAGGAGUGGACGGGGAAGUUGUUGUCCAAACUCGAGCCGGAGGAAAAUUUUCGCAGCGUCAUCAAGCCAAUGUUGUUGCUUUGGGCGUACGAGAUAUUGAUCGAUCGUCAGGUGGUGAACGAUGAGGCGGUCGAACGGAUGGUUAACGGUACACUCGCGAAGUGGCAGGAGACGUGGCGCGAGCACGCGACGCAGCAGAAGAGAGAGACGGGACGAGCGCCGACUCACGACGCCUUUGUCCAGUUCAUGAAGACUUUUCUCGCGCAGAGGCUGCCCGCUUUCGCGAACAGCAUCAACGAGAGCUCGUUCAAAUUCACUCGUCAACAUGAUACGUCGAUGGAGGCUGAAUUCAAGGCUGAUGACGAUGCGGACACAACGCAUACAUCGGACACGGAAGAUACGUCGAGGCCCAUCGCCGGCAAGUAUCGCGAGGUGCAUCGAACGAUUGAAAAAGCCGUCCAGGCAGUUCGCGCCGCUAAGAACGCCAGGGACGUCCAGGCACUUCUUGGAACCACGUGGGUGCGGGAAAUGCUCGUCGACGCCCCAAAAUUUGUUUUACCGCCCGUGAGACCGGCGAUUGGGGCCGAUAAUGGCGCACAAAUGGUGAAGGAUUGGCAACGCGAGGAAGGUUUCGUACUUCGCACAUCCAAGCACGCGCGUUCACCUCCUUCUACUCCAUCGGCGACGGCGAGCAUCACUGAGGGCCUCGAAAAUCUGCAGGUAGACCCCUUAGAGGAGGUCUUUGUGUCGACCGGUCCGUUUCGCGUGCACUUCAUGCAGGCGUGUGCCGACGUAGAGCGCGCACUUAUGGCUUGCAAGACGUGCGAGAAGCACAAUCCGAGACCCGACGAAGUACGAGAGGCGUGCGUCAAAGGCACGGCGCGCAUCCUCCUCGUCUCUUCGCGAACGCUACGAAGCGGUGAUUGCUUGGAUUUUGUUCACAACCUCUUCGGCUCUCCCCCGGGGUACACGGUGAACCUGGUGGAUCCUGCAAAGGCGCGAAAGCUCAUAAGGGAGCACUCCACGCUCGGCUCGCCCAUCGUCAUCGAGAUCAAUCCAGUCGCCGUCACCGUGCGAUGCGUCGAUAUUUUUACCGUCACGAAGCACUACUUCGCUCAGGAGGCGAAAUCAAUCCGCCACACCAGCGUCGUCAUCGCGAACGACGGCGAGACUUUCGAACCGUGGGCGUGCGUCGCCCUCGAGACGACGCAGACGCUCCGCGUCGUCGACGACGGGUCCCUAAAGCUCAUCAAGCAGCGCAUCGCCGUGGACAAGAUGAUAUCCCAGUACGUCUUGAAUAAGUGGCACGCAUCGAUGGACUCGUGUGCGUCACCCGAGAGAUCGACCGCGAGCGAGGUCCGGGUGUCCUCCCGCGCGUUCGCGCCGUGA